AUGUCACACGUAUCAGUCAAACAUAAUAGUAGGUUAUCCGACCUAAUUGGGUAUAAACUAAGGGUCCUAACGGAGGAUGGAAGAGUGUAUAUCGGUCAGUUGAUGGCAUUUGAUAAACACAUGAAUGUUAUUUUGAGUGAUUGUGUGGAAGAAAGAAUAUCUAAACAAGAACAAUUGAAGUUGAGACAAAAUAAAACAGAUGGUAAUAUCAAAAUAGAGAAGCGGACAUUAGGUUUGGUAAUACUAAGAGGAGAACAUAUUUUGACGACCGUGGUACAAGAUAAACCACUCAUAUCAAAAAAAGAACGGUUGGUGAAAGAAAAACAGCAACAAAAGUCUUUGAAGAAACAACAAAAUAAAAAUAAGAAAGGAACGAAUGUUGGUAAAAUCACUAAACCAAACGAUUCUAAAUAUAAAGGGAAGAGCAAUAGUGGUGUACCUGCUCAAGCGAAAAAAUUUCAACCUCCACCAGGUUUUAAAUCUAAGUAG